GAAAAACAGUCGCCAAUGUUAUACGCCAACGUUAUUACAUGGUUAUAGUACAAAGCGAUAUGUAUUGAUAAAAACAAAUAAAUAACUGCUGUUUGUUAAAAGAUGAUAACAAUCAAACAUGCUAAAAUAUAAUGUAUUAUUCCUGCAUUUACAUACUUAUACUUAGAAUCAUUUGUUAUUCAAUCAUUAGUGUUACUUUACUGCCUCUGUGUGGUGAAUAAAACUGUAUGUGUUAAAGUACACUGUAAUUAUUCCAGCAGGUGGCAAGUUAGCCCGUGCCUAUGACAAACCGGUGUGUGGUUUUCCCUCAUAUAAUCUCAAAAAUCAAAUUUUCCUAUAUAGUCCUUUUAUGAAUUUAUAAAACAAAUAACCCUAAUUGCAAUGGAAAACACUGAAGCUUUUAAUAUUGGAAAGAGACAGAAAGCACUUAAACCUCACAUCAUCUAUACCACGGAAAAACAUUAGAACUUUUCCCGUUUCAAGGUAGUUAAUUUCGGCCAGAGCUCAACUCAAGGGCUCUGAUUUCGUCGUGUUUAAUUUUGUAGAGUUUUACGAAUUUCCUUCCUGACUCAAGUCUACAGGCCAUAUGUAUUUCCCACUAAAAUCGAACCACCUGACAGCAGCUUUCACUAUCGUAUGAGUAAACAGUUACACUAUGGAGUCACAGAACUUGGCCAGAUAGGAACGUGAUGGCUGAAAAAGAUCUGUCCUCAUGAUUAAAGGAGGCGUGUCUGUUUGCGAAAGGGAUCUCAGCUGCCGGGACGAGGCACCGCAGGAUUUUGGAUGUUGCUCUCUGGUCGCUGUUGACUGGGAACUCAAUCGCCAGGCACGUCGGACAUCCCGGAGCACAGAGUAUCUGCGUUUUGCAGCGACAGCUUGUAAACAACCUCGCACACCGUCGAGGUGUGCUCGUCGCGGGACCUGUCUGUCUGAUGAAAGGUGGGCUAUACUAUGGCUGCUGCGCCACUGGAAGCGAGGAAGUUUACCCGGGGUCUCAGCAAACCGGGAACCGCCGCAGAGCUGAGGCAGAGCGUCUCCGAGGCUGUCAGGACGUCAGUGUGGAUGGUAAAGCCAAAGAUCAUCGAGCCUCUGGAUUAUGAGAAUGUGCUCCUACAUUGGAAAACUGAGAUCAUCAGUGAUGUUCUCAGAGACAUGCUGCAGUUCCCCACAGAUGACUUCCAGAUCUCCGCCCUGCAGCGCCAGGGCCGGACUCUGUUUUCCACUGUGCCAGAGACUGCAGAGAAAGAAGCUCACUCACUGUUUGUCCGAGAGUGUAUCAAGACCUACAAGUCUGACUGGCACGUGGUCAACUACAAGUAUGAGGAGUAUUCUGGAGACUUCCGCCAGCUUCCGAAUAAGGUAUUGAGACCUGAAAAACUAUCAGCUCAUGUGUUUGAGGUGGAUGAAGAUGUGGAAAAAGAUGAGGACACAGCCUCUCUGAGAUCUCAGAAAGGAGGAGUGUCUAAGCAUGGCUGGCUGUAUAAAGGCAACGUCAACGGUGCAAUCACUGUUACAAUGCGGCGCAUGCGCACCUGCAGACCACUUAUGCGCACCCCUGAGCAUAAACAUGGCAGCGCGCCAUCACUGCUGAGUCCUUCAAGAGGAGGUACUUCCAUCUGGCUCAGCUGGGGGGAUGGGUCUUAUAACCUCAACUUCUACAAGGAUGAGAACACCUCCAAAGAUCCCAAAGGAACUAUCUUCCUUGACUCAUGCAUGGGAGUUGUUCAGAACAGUAAAGUGCGUCGAUUUGCCUUUGAGUUGAAGAUGCAGGAUAAGAGCACAUUUCUGCUGGCUGCAGACAGUGAAGCAGAGAUGGAGGAGUGGAUCACUACCCUCAACAAGAUUCUCUACAGCAGCUUUGAACAGGCCAUGCAGGAGAAAAAAAAUGGCGAUCUGAAUGAUGCAGAUGACGAACAUGGAAAAACAGAACUUUCCACUGGAGAUUUUCAAGAAACCUUUCAGACUGCCAGAGAUAUUGAAUCUAAGAUGAGAAGUGAAGCUCGCCUCAAGCUGUUCACUCUGGACCCUGACACCCAGAAACUAGACUUUUCUGCCAUUGAGCUUAAUGUGCAACAGUUUGAAGAGAAGUUUGGGAAAAGAGUCCUGGUCAGCUGUCAUGACCUGUUGUUUAACCUGCAGGGCUGUGUUGCUGAGAAUGAAGAAAGGCCAACAACUAAUGUGGAGCCGUUCUAUGUGAUCCUGUCCCUCUUUGACGUCCAGAACAACAGAAAGAUCUCAGCCAACUUCCAUGUGGAUCUCAACCACCCUUUGGUUCGACAGAUGACAUCCGGUCAUGGUAGUGGACCAAACCAGCAAAUCAGUGGCAGCUUGAAUGAUAGUGUUUUGGAACACAGGUUAGCUAGUGGACUCCCAGAGGGGGCUGUUCGGUAUCCCAAACAGGGUAUAUUCUCAGUCACCUGCCCCCAUCCAGAAAUCUUCCUAGUGGCCAGGAUUGAGAAGGUCCUACAGGGAGGGAUCACCCAUUGCACUGAACCCUACAUGAAGAGCUCUGACUCUGCUAAGAUGGCUCAAAAGGUGCUAAAGAAUGCCAAGACAGCUUGCGGCCGACUGGGGCAGUACAGGAUGCCAUUUGGCUGGGCUGCAAGGCCUGUGUUUAAAGAUGCAUCAGGCACUUUAGACAAAAGCGCACGAUUCUCAGCUCUUUACAGACAGGACAGCAGCAAGCUGUCAGAUGAGGACAUGUUCAAACUGCUUACCGACUUCAGAAAACCCGAGAAAAUGGCUAAGCUGCCUGUGCUCUUGGGGAACUUGGAUGUAACAAUUGACAGUGUGCCCCCAGAUCUAACCAAUUGUGUCACUUCCUCCUACAUCCCUGUGGGGAACUUUGAAGGAAAUGGGCAAAGCAGCGCUCUUCUGGAGGUGGAGGAGUUUGUGCCCUGUAUUGCUAAGUGUUCCCAACCAUUCACCAUCUAUAAAAACCACCUUUAUGUCUAUCCAAAACACCUCAAGUACGAUGGGCAGAAAUGCUUUGCUAAGGCAAGAAAUAUUGCUGUUUGCAUUCAAUUUAAGGAUUCUGAUGAGGAUGAAGCCCAGCCGCUGAAGGUGCAUUUACAUGCUAUAUAGCAUACUUCCAAGGCAGAACAUAAACUACAAGUACGGUAAUAGAGGCAUAUACUUAGGUCACUUUAUUUAGACACCUGGCAAGCUCUAAACAAGAAGACAAAAGAAAUUUACUCAAGGGUUCACGGGUGCACUUUAGACUAAUUGACUUGAUGUCCUCUCCAAGAGAGGGUACUUUAAUUUCCUAAAAUAGAUAUUAGCUAAUCACAUUGCACAAGCCUUGCACAGAUAUUAUCACAUUUGGCUAUUUAAA